AUGAAUACUAUCCAGUUAAAGGAAGUAUAUAUUGUGUCUGCCGUUCGAACACCGAUCGCUUCAUUUCGUUCAACUUUAACGCCGUUAUCAGCCGUCGACUUGGGUGUUGUUGUAACCAAAGAAGCGAUUGCAAGAUCAUCGUUGAAAGCCUCUGAUAUCGACGAAACAAUCGUAGGAAAUGUUUUGAGUGCGGGUUUAGGGCAAAAUAUCGCUAGGCAAAUUUCAAUCUUAUCAGGUAUUCCAAAAAGUGCUCAAUGUCUCACAAUAAAUAAAGUGUGCUCGUCAAGUAUGAAAGCAAUUAUGCUGGGUGCACAACAGAUUCAGUUGGGUCAACGUCAAGUAGUAAUGGCCACUGGUACGGAAAGUAUGAGCAAUGUUCCAUUUUAUAUACCCCGGGGAGAGAUUCCGUAUGGUGGCAUACAGCUCACAGAUGGUGUUCAAAAGGAUGGUCUCACGGAUUCACUGGAGAAUGAGGCGAUGGGUUUAUGCGCCGAAAAGACUGUCAAAGAAUACGGCUUCACAAGGGAACAACUUGAUAAGUAUGCUAUUGAAAGUUACCAAAGAGCCGAUCGAGCAUGGCAAGAGGGUCUCUUCAACGCCGAAGUAGUGGCAGUCUCAGUACCCCAAAAACGAGGUGCACAAUCAGUCGUGCUCAGCAGAGAUGAAGAAUUCAAACGGCUUAUUGCGUCAAAGGUGAUCAGUGGAAAAUGA